AUGUCUGCCGCCCAGGACUUCCAGAUCACCGCCCCCCAAAUCUCCGAAUCUCUUCGCAAGGAGCUCGAGACCAAGGAAGGAGCCAAGAAUGUCCGCCUCAACCGAUUCCAGGUCAAGGAGACUUUGGCGUACCUCGAUGAGUUGAGGACCAAGGUCAAGGAUAUCGACAGCUUUUGGCUGAUCGCCUUGAUGAGCCACGAAGCUGUCGCUGCCCACCUCACCGCCAAGGUGGACCAACACGCGCUCUCUUUCCUCCAGGAUGUCGAGCUCAAGCAGGACGUCAACGAUUUCCGACCCUUUGAGCUUGUCUUCCACUUUAAGGAGAACCCUUACUUUACCAACAAGUCUAUUUCCAAGAAGUACUCUUUGGGUCCGGACACGAAGCCUGUCACUGGAGAGGACGUCUCUGAAGAGCUCACCGAGUUUGACGAAGACUCUCUUGUCGUCGAGCCAACGACAAUCGACUGGAAGCCCAACCAGGACCUCACUGCCCAAUUCCCCCGCAAAAUGCAGGGCGAGGCUGCCGGUAACGGCGAGGCCGAUGAUCUGGAGGAUGGAUUCGAGGGCGAUCCCGGAACUUUCUUCUGGUACUUUGUCGAGAAGAUGGACAUGUUCAACUUCGGUUUCAUCCUCAAGGAUGACAUCCUUCCCGACGCUUUUGCCUACUUUGAUGGUCGAGGCGCCGCAAACGCUUCCGACAUGAUCGACAGCGAGGACGAAGACGAUGAAGAGGAUGACGAAGACGAUGACGAAAUUGAUCUGGAGAAUGAAAAGCCCAAGAAGAAGAGAAAGGUGUGUCGAGAUGGUUGCUGUUAA